UGUCAAUCUGAGGCGGACUUGGGUAAGAGCCUGCAUCAUGGAUGGAUGUGAAAGCGACCUAGUUCCGGUGCUGAUCUCCCAAGCCCUCUCGUCACUCCCACUGGGAUAGGGCGUAGCAAAUAUCUCAACUUUCGCCAUCACAGGCACCUCUUUCAUCACAUCUCAAUCACUCCACGAGCGUUUGCAGAAAGAUCACACGGAUUCAUUUUCUCUUUGUCUUUGCUGAGCACCUGUCAAUCUUAUGCGUGUUUCCACUGUUGGCGUGAGACAGACUCUGUCAUCCAUGAAGUGCAAUAACAUCCUGUAGCAAAACGGGCUGGGUCUCGAAUGUACCUCGACGUCACUCUGAGAAGAUUUGAGACCCUUUUGCGUGACUGUUUGUGUCUUUCGUCCUGCACUCCACAGUGUACAUGAACCAAGACGUUUACACCAAGCAUUCACCGCUUCGUCCGUACCUAAAUCAGGACUGUCUGUGUUCGUGUACGUGAACACCAGAGUCAUUACACCACCUUGUGGGACUUUCAAAAGGAACAUAAGAUAUUCAAGCCGUUCUAUUUUGCGCCACGCAACACAUACACAAGCACCAAUCCGUCAAUCCAUCAGUCAAGGACAAAGGCAUCAGUCUCAUCUUGCGAUCCUCCACUUCCAUCAGAGAUCAUGUGUGUACGUACGAAGACAUCUUAUGGAUGUGGACAUGAAUUCAAGACCACCAAUCAAUGUCACUCGUCACGAUGUUCCGGGCUGGAAAGAUAUCAAUUCCCCAGAGAAGGCGAUUGCAAGACUUGUAAAGAAGGUGGUCAAGCCAUCACCCGAGGUCGAGAAGGUAAAGGUCGAUAUGCCCAAGAAUUGAGCAGAAGACAGCAGCCGAGAGAAUGCUCGAGUGACCCCACGCCAUUGACAAUGGACGUGGGUGGUGGAAUAAGUCCUUGGGCGCCACCAAUAAAACGAGAAAAGGAAUGGCACAGUCCUUCAAGGAAGAAGGCCGAUGACGCUUGGCUGGAAGAGCAUGCGGAGAGGAACAGCGACCUGCAAACCAUUCGAGAGUCGAUUUCCGCUUAUUCAGAGUCUGAUCGAGCCUCCACGGCCCAAUUGUCACCUAGAAGCCACAGUCGUCGACGCAUCAAUGAAAUCGAGGAUGACGACCACCACCAUCACUACGACCGGGAUGCUGACGACGACUACCGGUACCAGCGAGAAGCGAGGCCAAGACGCCAGCAGGUAGAGAUCAGGAGCACACGCGAGGAUCACGAUCGAAGAAGUAGCCGACGCCCAACCCACCAACGACACAGGCAUGACAGUCAGGAAAGCUUUGACAGUCUGCACAGUACGCGAUCGUCGGCUCGAAAGUACAAGCCGGCGCCGACUUCAUACACCGCGUACGACUACUAUGAACCAUAUGAUUCCGGGUAUGGCUCUUACAGCUCGAAAGCCUCUCACUCUCGCGGCUACGAAGUCGCCAAGACAGAACCAUACACAUACUCACCCACUCCUCGUGUCGUGAGCAUCAAGCCACCUUCCAUGUCAUCGUACGGCGCUUAUCAGACCGGCUACGGGGUCCCUCGGGGUGUUGACAUCGUCACCAGAAGUCCAAUGUACGCGCACUCCAGCCGAAGAUACUAAACUCGACACUUUUGGUAUGAACAACAUCUUGAAGUUCGGCGUUACAUUUCCCCACAAAGAGGGACAGCAUUGAGAAUGGAUCAUCUACAGGAUAGGAUCCCGGGUCACACUGCAUUCUUGUUCCAGUCAAGACUUCUACCUCUGCGAUGCAACGGCACUUACGACCUUACGAGAGGUGGUUUUGAAUCUAGGAGUUGGGGGAGAUGCUCGGUCCUACUCUUCCAGAAGGAAUUUGGUUAUUUGUGCUUGUUUGAUUCGACCUUAUACGAAGGAUAGAGCCUCAUUGACCUAACAUGUUCGGAAAGCUCUUUCCAGUGGACGGUGGAUAAUAUAUGUAUGUGGGAGUCAACUUCAGGAACAGCAGGGCAAGGGUUCGGGAGGGGAUGAGUCUCGGGAUUGGUCCACAGUGAAGCUCCCUUUCUUGCAAGCUGUUUGAUAGGGGGGCGAGGGUGGGCACAAUGUGCAUUGUGCAUGCUUGUACGUUAUGGCUACGUUGACAGCGAGUCGAACUCAGCGUUCUCUG